AUGAGUAGAGUCCAGAAUAAAAUACCAACUUGUCGGAACUGUGGGGCUGAAAACAGUUUUCAAGUCGAUAGAACAACGGCGGCAGGUGAUCUUACUUGUACGGUCUGUGGUACCGUUCAAGAAGAAAAUCCGAUUGUGAGUGAAGUUCAGUUUGGGGAAUCCUCGUCAGGGGCGGCUACUGUUCAAGGUAGUAUGGUUGGAUCAGAUCAAGCCAGAGCUGGUUAUGGUAGUAGACAGAAUGCCAUGGAGAGUAGAGAGCAAACACUUUUGAAUGGUAAAAGGAAGAUCCAGAAACUUGCUAUAGUACUUAAGAUUCAACCUCAUAUAGCUGAUGCGGCCGGUGGUUGGUUUAAUCUUGCAUUAACCCAAAAUUUUGUUCAAGGUAGAAGGUCUCAGAAUGUUUUAGCCACUUGUUUGUAUAUUGCUUGCAGAAAGGAAAGAACUCAUCACAUGUUGAUUGAUUUUAGCUCAAGAUUACAAAUAUCAGUUUAUUCAUUAGGUGCAACUUUUCUCAAAAUGGUGAAAGCAUUGACAAUCACCAAUUUACCAUUAGCUGACCCCUCAUUAUUUAUUCAAAACUUUGUUGAAAGUUUAAAUUUUGGUGACAAAAGCAAGAAAAUUGCCAGAGAUGCCUGUAAAUUAGCUCAAAGAAUGUCCAAUGACUGGAUCCACGAAGGUCGAAGACCUGCUGGUAUAGCUGGUGCAUGUGUUCUACUAGCCGCUAGAAUGAAUAAUAUUAGAAGAACACAUUCAGAAAUUGUUAACGUUGCUCAUGUUGCUCCAGAAACUUUACAAAGAAGAUUGAAUGAAUUCAAAAAAACCGCAUCGGGUUCAUUAACUGUUAAAGAAUUUCGUCAAUCAAAAGCGCCUGCUCCAUCAUUGCCUCCAUCUUAUUAUAAAAAUCGUGCUAUUGAAGAAAAGUUACGAAAGCAAAUCGAGAAGAAAGAAUUAGCAUUAAGAAGAUACAUUGAACUAGCCAAUAAGCAUCAACUUAUCCCUAUAGAGCUUCCAGAUAUUCUCAAACCGAAGGAAGAAAGAGAAAGAUUAGAAAAAGAAAGGCAAGAGGAAGAAAAAAAGAAGAAGGAGAGGGAAGAUCAAAUCGAAAAAGCCGAACAAGAAAAAGUUGAUGCCGUCUUGCAAUCGGUUUUGAUGAACCAUGAUCUCACCGAAGAACUACUCACAUCAGAACUUCAAAGAAUAAUCAACAGACAAAAACAAAAUCUAGAAGGUUUAUGUUAUCAGACUCCGGCUGAAAAGGCAAAGGCCGAAGAUUUUAAAAAGCAAGUUGAGCUGGACAAACCCCGUAAUCUAGUUGCAAAUUUACCUAGCAGUAAAGAGAUACUCGACAAGGUUAAUUCAGAUCCUCUUCUUAACAGUAGCGAUGAAGAUGAGGAAACUAGAGAUGUUGAACUAACAGGCGAAGCUCUCGAACAAAAAAUAAGAAUCUGGACCGGAUUGAAUUACGACUAUAUUAUAGAACAAGAGAAAAAGAGAUUGAAAGAAGAAGCUGAUAUUCUUACUGGUAACACUUCUGGUACCCGUAAGAAGCGUCGUAUUGGGAAAUCUGAAAAGAACCCUACUGAUGAAUUUGGACAAGGAAUCGAAAGCUUUGGAUUACUUGACGCUGUUAACCAAGUUGGUGAAGAUGGCGAAUCAAUUUCUGCAGCUGACAGUGCUAGAAAGAUGAUUUCCAAGAAACCCUUUUCAAAGAAGAUUAAUUAUGAUACUCUUCAUGAUUUAUUCACACAUAAUUAG